AUGUCUCUCCUUCACAAUGAAGACUUCACAAUUUGGCAAUUACGCUCGUCCUAUCUUUCAACAAUCAAAGAUGGGAUCGGAGAUCGCCUCAUCAAUGUCAAUGACUCCGUCCUAAACACACCUGGCUUCCGCGCGGCGGGCUGGUCAACUGCCUCCGCGUUCCCGAACACGCAUAGCUCGUCCCACUUGAAGCGCACAUAUUCCCCGCCGAUCCCAACUACCGCGAAUGUUUCCUCAGAGUAUUAUAAACUGGCAGAGCGCAAUGCGAAAUCCUCAAGAGAAGAUAUGCAAGGCCUCGGUCUGGAGGAUGGCGAGGACGAUGGCGGCAUGGUAACAGGCAAGAGCCACACGGAUAUGACUGCACGGCGGCAUCAUGCGCGCCACGGGAAGAAGAAAAGUCGUCGUGAACAGCAGCAGGAGGUACACAGGCAAGCGGUUGCAGAGGAGGAGGACAGCAGUGACUUGAGUGACGACAGCGACGACGACGGAGACAAUGUCGGCAGUGCUGUUGAUCAGAUCAAAUUCCACAAGAUGCCCAUCCGUCGAGACCGAGAUGAUUCCUCCCCGAGGCGCUCUGAGGACCACCGCGAGAGGCCGGAGGUCAUGAUUACAUCUGCCUCAACCCAAAACGUCUCAAAUCAGUAUCAUUCAAUACCGCUAAGACCACGCCGAGACACCACUACUAGCAGCGACCUAUCAACGGACAAUGAAACCGAUCACCGAGGCUAUAAGAGCCAAGUCCAGUUUUCAGGCAGUGAUCACAUUGUUGAUCAUCCUCGCAGGCGACGUGAACGGACUGGAAGUCGCGGCGCAGAGAGUCUGGCCCUCGGGGAACUCCAUGAGGAAGAUGAAGAUGACUCUGGCGCCGAGUCAGUUGUGUCUGCAGUCUCAUCGGACUUCGACAACACUGCUGGAACUGGAUCUUUGCUUUUAGCAGGUGUUGCCGGCGGAUUGAACCUGUCUUCGCCCAUGGUAAUGAUGAACAAAUUACCUCCAGGCACGGGCCCGCAGAACAGUUCACCUCGCAAGAGUCGUACCCCGGCACCUACGCUCCAGGAUCUUCCUCCACCACGACCUAUUAGCAUGGUACAACCAGUCAGUCUGCUGAGCAGCCAACUGAAGGCGCGCAAGCGCGCCCCAAGCAAUCCGGUGGAUAAGUUUGUGGUGCUUUCUGGGCGAGGCCAAGAAGAUGCCUUGUACUUGAAGAUCUACGCUCCCUUCUCCAGUGACCCUGAAGAUCCCUUGGAUCUACCAGUGACACGCGAGUCUAAGCUUGCAGAGCAGCCUGCACCAGUCACCGUGGCUGAGACUAUUGGCCUGGCCCUAUGGAAAUACUCGGCGGACUCCCGGGGCCCAGCACUAGGUCGUGAAAAACUGACUGUGAAUCGAUGGACUUUACGAAUGGUUGACGAUGGCGAAGUUGAAUAUGAUUUCCCGGCACUCGGACGGACUCUUCCUAUGACGGAUUUCACCUCAAAUAACAACCAACCCCCGAAGGCUCGUCAACGGACCAGAGGCAAGCCUUACGAUGAAUUUGCUUUGGUCGAAGCAUCAAAGACAGAAUUUGAGGAGAACGAAAAGUUAUACCCACAAUUCAGCUCAAGUAUCGGAUCAGAAGAGACCGAUCAACCCGCCAGUUUGAGUACCCCAGGGGCCACUCCCCAACCCGCUUCGCAGACCAAGGCGCCUCCUAUGGCACCAGCUCGGUCGAAUCCCAUCCUGGGUCAACCAUUCUCGUCAGCACUCAAUCAUAGUACCCUCACACCUGCCGAUCGACCUGCGGUUCCCACCUCACACGCAACCCCUCGUCUUGGGGUUGCUAAAACCCUGAAGAUCCGCUUCGUCAACACCGAGGCCUCUGCACAUGUCAUGACCAUCAACACAUCUACCGACAGCUAUAUCGCCGAAAUUCUGGACUCCGUGUGCAAAAGAUGGGGCCAGGACAAGGGCAACUACCUUCUCAAAGUCAUGGGAUCCAAUACGAUUGCCCCCCUUGACCGCACCGUGGAGGCUCUGGGCAGCAUUACAGAGCUUGAUCUAGUCCGUCGGCGAUUUGGCGGGGGUCCCCUCGCUCUUGGAACAUCACCCGGGAGCUCAUCACCAAACGCACCUCUCAUGGUGGAAAGCAGGGAGCCUGCAACCUCGAAGAAAGCUAAGAAGGAGGCCAAGAAGGGUGCGCAACAUAUGCUACCUUCCGCCUCUCAGAAGCAAGACCAUCUGGGCGGAUACUAUCGCCGGUACCACGUGUUCCGCAAACAACCUAUGUCUUUCACAGCGUCCAAUCAUCGCAUUCUCACCUUUGAAAAUGACUACAUGCAUAUUGUGCCUGGUGAUACCGGUAAAACCGUAUCUGGUGGUAAGACACGGUCGAUCAGCUUCAGCGACGUGAUCGGAUCCAAGGUCAGCCGCCGACACCCCAAGAGCUUCCGCGUCAUGAUCGUCCGUGGGAACGACGCGACAGAGCAAAAGCGCUAUGACUUUGAAGCGCGGACCACUGGCGAGGCUGAAGAGAUUGUCAGUGAGAUCAAGAAGAAUAUGGCACAUUACCGCAUUUGA